AACCUGUUGGGCGAGAAAGGUUGAUGGAUGCUAGUGAGGCAUUGGGCACUGGAAAGUGAACUGAAGAAAAAUCUUGAAGUCAUUCCAUCGCCAGAGGAACACCUGCAGGACCACAUGGCAGAUGAAUGUUCCACCUUACCACAGGGCUACUACAUGGGCUCCUCAGUCAAUAGGGGGUGGUGUGAGCCAUGGCAGCGGCAGCAGCAGAGGAAGCUCUGCCCCGGGGAAAUGCACUGAGGAGGGGUGGGGAUGCUUCCUCCACCAGCAUUGUUGCUGCCACAGCCAUCUGCAAGUGGUCAUCGCAGAACACCUCAAUGGUCACAUGCUGAGAACACUGCUGGGAGGGCUCAGCACACUGCAUGCUGCACCACAACCAGACUGGAGGAACAUUCGACCUCUCCAAGGACGGUGAGUGAGCAGGUGCCCUGUAGACAGUUCUGCUCUGCAGCAUCAUCUGCUCAGUCUCAUUUUCACUGCUGGUAAAUCCCCGAGGCCCAUGAAGUACUAUCUGAAUUAAUCAACGAUUCAGUCACAGUCUAGCUUCUAAAAAAUAUCAUCUGCUUUUCCAGGAACUGUGACUCUUUAACAUCACCAAAAUGAACCAGAGCAGCUGCAAUAUCACAGCUGACGAAAACUUUCCGCUUGUCCAGCUGUGCGUUUACAUCCCAGUAUUGCUGCUGGGCCUUUUGCUGAACGUGUUGGCGCUAUGGGUGUUCUGCUGCAAGCUCAGCAAGUGGACAGAAACCAGAGUAUACAUGGUCAACCUGGCUGCGGCUGACUGCUUGCUGCUCUUUACUUUACCUUUUAAAACACUAUCCCAGUUCCAACAGAUGAAGGCGGACAGAUGGUGCCUGAUUCUGGAAGGUGGCUAUUUCAUAAACCGCUUAAUGAGCAUUGGUAUCAUCACUGUUGUAGCAGCUGACCGGUACGUGGCUAUCAAGUAUCCCAUGAAAGCCAAAGCACUGCGGUCACCGCUGCAGGCAGCUUUUGUAUCUGGAUUUCUUUGGAUAGUCAUCGUCUGUGCGAUUUCCCUCAUUAAAAUGGUAGAAAACAGAGAUCAUGAUACAUUUUGCUUUGAGAAAUCUUCUGUCAAGCCCUCUGUCAUCACGCUGUGUGCUAUUAUCGGAGGGUUCUUCAUACCGCUGGUCGUCGUGAUUUACUGCUCCAUACAAGUCAUUGCAGAGCUCAUGAGAAAGAAAAAUGAAAACUGCCACAAGGAAAAGUUAAUCAGGAAAGCUGUCUACAUCGUGACUGCAAACAUGGCUGUGUUCAUCGUAUGCUUUUUGCCUCUUUACGUUGGGCAUCUCCUUCGCUUUCUAAUGGACUCCUUCAGUUCCAGCUGUCCUGUGAUACAGAAGAUUAACGACUUUGUUCAUCUUGCCUCAGUCCUUGCCAACACAAACUGCUGCUUGGAUGCUAUUUGUUACUACUUUGUAAGCAAGGAAUUUCAAGAAGCAUCUCCCAAGCUAGCAAGGUCCAAAUCUGACUCAGGCGAAACAGCUGAUGUUCAGCUCUCAGGAAUAACACAUCAAUGCCAAAUGUAGAGGGCUCUCUGUGUGUGAGAAUGAUGGAGGGGACUUUCUGCUGACGGAAAAGAUUCAGACAUGAAAAUCAACCCUCAUUCAGACAACCACUGCAGUCUAGAUGCUGGCACAACAAUCUCCAUCAUCACUGACAAUUCCCUGCCUUCUCCAAAUUUGAGUAAGAUGGAAUCAUAGAAUCAUUUCCCCAUAAACCUCAGCGAGUACAACCAGAGGGAAAAGUUCUUGCUGUCCAUCCCCCUACCUUGGGCCAGUUUUGAUGUAGCUGUAGCUGUGACAAGGAAACAGAAAUUAUUUGAAAUAUCAAAUAAGGGAAAAAAAAUCUCAAAGCGAAACUGUUGCAGAAAAAAUAAAGGUGGAUGGCUUUAUGUCACAAAUGUCUUUUCUUAAUAAUAAACACCCAAUCACA